AUGCCAACGCUCGCCAAAUUCAAGGAGGCAACUGAAACCGUCUAUGGCCCUCUUGCCGGAGAGGCCGAACAAUGGACGCCUCCUGAGUGCUCUGGUGGGCAUCGCGGUCGAUACUUAUGGACUGAUGCGUUUGGCGUACUCAACUUCAUAACCUUGGCGAAGGAGAGCCAGGAUCCAGGCCACAUUACGCGGGCGGUGUCUCUGGCAGACACUGUACACAAUGUACUCGGACGCACUCGUGAUGGCAAAGCCUGGCUGCCGGGUGCCAGCAAUGACAAUCCAGUCGGAGGAGGCUUGCGGAUUGGCAAAGAAGAUGAAGGCGGGAGCGAUGGUGACGGACAGUACCAUCAUUAUCUCACGCUCUGGAUGUUCGCUCUCAACAGACUCUCAAAGGCCACGAACGACAAGGUACACAACGACCGAGCCGUAGCUCUGGCGAAGGCAAUCCAUCUUCACUUCUUCGUCGAUCGAGCAGGAGCACGGCCACGAAUGGUCUGGAAGAUAGCCAUGGAUCGUUCAAGACCACUGGUGCACUCGCAAGGCAACCUCGACCCGAUCGAUGGCCUAGUCGUGUUCCGCAAGCUUCAAGCGGCGUCUGAUGACCCUACCGUGCUAAAGGAAGAAAUCUCAGACUACCAAAGGAUCAUCGAGCUCAAGGGCAAACACUUCGUCUCCUCAGAUACCCUCGACUUAGGCAUGACUCUGUGGACCUCCCACUGGUUAGCCGAUCGUGAAGCUUACUUCGCCGACCUCACCAAGCAGGCCGAUAGCCAAGUACAUAAGCUAUUUGACCAGGGCUAUCUCGAAAGGCCCACUUCUCGCAGGCUUGCCUUCCGCGAGUACGGGACCUGCCUUGGCAUUGGUUGUAUGGAGCAGUCAGACGAGAUCUCGCAGACGUAUCGGAACCAUAUCAUCACGACUUGGGAAGAGCAUCGCUCAAGCACGCCUGGCGACUUGAGGGCCAUCAGUGAGGUGAUGCGUGCUGCAGCGUUGAUUCCUGGUGCUUUCAAGAAAGGCUACCUUGGGCCUGAGCCGGAGAUGUGA